GCUUGCAAAUGCACCAGCAUCGCGGUAAUACCACCAGCUUGGCGGAUAUGUGGACACGGUGGAGGAGAAGACGCCGAUUUGCAGUUAUUUUUGCAGCUUAAAUAAGACCUCACUGAACAACGUCAGACAGUUUACUAUUGGAAGAUGGCACCCUUUCAUCCAAAUGGUUCAAAACUUGAAGCGUGCGACUUUGGAUUGUGACUACCUUGCAUUCCAUAAAGUUACUGCAAGUCUCCCUGCACAGAGAUUUUUUUUUUUUAGAUGACCGGUAACUUCCAGUAAACACCAUGAAGUACAUAGCGAACUCUGCUUUGCGCGAAUAUGUGAAGGAGGAGUUGAGAGUUUCCAUAUUUCAAAUGGCACACAAGUUAGCCGUACAGACAGGCUGUGAAAUUCUGGUCAAACUGGAGGACUGUGUGGACCACGCAGGCUGCCAAUACUAUGCCACAAGGACCCUGAACCUGCAAUACAUGGACAAGGGUUUGUCCAAACAGCCGUGGGAGGUCAUGGUCUCGGGAAUUACAGGGUUGCCCGUGUCCAAUUAUGGCAGCCAGAGUGAGGAUCGGAAUGGAAGCUUGACGGAGACUGAAGACUAUGAGCUGAGCAACGACAUGGGCAAUUCGGCCGAGAUGUCAUUCUCCAAUAACCUGUCCUCAGGAUCCCUGGCCAAUGUGUCUGCAGUGAGCCAGGGUAGCCAGCAGAGUGGCCAGACGAUAGUGCAUGUGAUCAAAACAGAGCCCGGUAACUCGCAGUUGACCUCAGCUGCCGACGGGGACUCUUGGACCAAGACCACCGUCACGCUGCCUUUUCCAGUGUCACUCGAGUCGGCCUUGAGCAGUCAAGGUGGAGAAGGAACUGUGGAUGCAAGCAAUCCAAAUCAGUCCAUGGAUGCAGACCAUAUCCAGCAGCAGAUCUACAUAUAUGCAAACACCAAUACUGAGGUGAAGGAAGAAGAGAUGGAUGAAGAAGCUCCACAGGAUGAUGCAGCUGACGACACUGCAGAUCCACAUCGCCACCGCACACCGCCCUCGCUCAACUACCAGUGUAGCUUGUGCAAGAAGCGGGUGAGCAGUGUUGCACUGCUGGUCCGUCAUGCCAAGUUGUACCACACCAGCGACGAGAACAUGCGUUACCACUGUGUCCCCUGCGACAGGGAGUACAAGCACGCCCGGCACCUUGAGCAGCACACCGAGUUGCACAGCAAGGCCAGCUACCGAUGCUCCACGUGCUGCAAGGGCUUCUACCGCAGCUCCACACUGCGAGAGCAUGAGCUGCGGGACCACCAGGGACGCUAUCGUUACUAUUGCCCCAAGUGUCACAAAGGCUUCAUGCGUCCCAGCACCAUGCAGACUCACUUAAACCGCACCCAUCCUGGCUGGUUUAGCAAGUCCAAAGCCUCUCCUAGAGCAGCCGCCAAAAUGUCCAAGCCCCCAGCCAGUGUUCCCCGGAUAGUGAUACCAGUCGACAAAGACGGGGAGGAGCUGAACUCCUUGUGUCAACAGGCAACCAACGAUGAGGUACCAUCAACAAGUGCUGAUCAGGGUCAAAUGACCCAGGCUACUGACCCAGAUAGUGGUGGGGUAGCCCAGUCCGAUUCCGAAAACCAACGGACCACGGUAAACGAAGAGCUUCGGAACGCAACCCAGAGGAAGAUGAUGAAAGUGGUGUAUCAGUGCAAAGAGUGCGGCCGCAUGUACGACAACGCCAACUCCCUUGUGCGCCACAUCCACGACCGGCACGACAGCCGCACCAAAUUGCGGUGCAACCAGUGCAGCUACCGGACCAGUCGCACCUCAGACUUGUCACGCCACAAGAGGGCAAAGCACCCUGCUGGGGGCACCUCUGCUGCUCAACCCAACAAGGGUUCAGAGUAGGAUCUGUCCACAGCUCUGUGUUGAUGAUACCAACUGACGGAGUAGUUGGCAAUUGUACAUGGCACACAUUGAUCACAGAAUAAACGUUUCUUCCUUAAUCUCCAGAGAAGACUACUGAAUGAAAUUCCUUCAUUCAAUCCAAAUUCUUUGCAGUGGAAUGUGCCUUUACAUGGAGUGGACAAACAGCAAAACUGCAUGUCAUCUGUUUAUAUUGUAACAUACAUACAACUUUUUUUUACUGUAAAAUAGCAUGAUAAGUCCUACCAGUCUUACCUGUGAAUUUCAAAAGAAAACUAUCUAGAUGUUAGAUUCAAUAACCCCAAAAGUUAAUAACUUGCACUUCAUCUACGAUAUUCAUAAUAACUUUUCACAAAUCUCUUUAUAAAAUUUCGAGGAAAAAUGCCCCAGAUUGAUGAAUAUCGUUUAAAAGCUUUUGCCUCCUGACAGAAAAGUUUAGACUUCUGCCUUUUCACUGGGAGUUUCCACAUUUGCAAAGUUAGGAGUCAAAACAUCAGUUGGGAUGAAGGUUUUAUGACUAUGACCGCGUUAGCGCCAAACUUAUGAUGUUCCAGAUACAUAUUUGGGCAUCUUUUUGCCUGUAUUUUCUAUCCAAGACAAGUUAAAGGUGAUGAAAUGGAGAGUGAUGCAGAUUUCAACUUUGAAAAUAUGAAUGACAUAGUGUACCGGUAUGAAUGACAUAGUCUUCCUAUGAUGGCCAAGCAUCUCUGCUGUGUAUAUUUGUGUGGUCCUUGGAGCCGCUUUCUGUCCUUUCAGUCCACUUACUAUUAAGUGGGCAUUCAUGAACCAAUGGAUAAGGCUGUGGAAGAACAUAAAUUGUACAUCGUUUUUUUUAGCAAGUGAACAAGAGAAAUGGGUGCUUGCAAAGCCAGGAAUUACUAAUGUGUGUAUAUUACAUCUGUUGUGCGUGUACAGUACAUCAGUUGGUGAAUGACCACACAAUGGGUUCGCAGCCUGGGAUGAUCUCCUGUACAGUUGUCAUUUCUAAGGCACAUAAUGGCAGUGCGUCGCUAAUGGAACACUUUGCUGUCUACAUGUGAUGCCUGCUGGAUAUUUGAUUUGACAGCGGUUCUACUGUCGUCACCAGACAAACUGGCUGAAUUCAUGGACAAGGAACUUAACCUUCGGAAGCUUCACUUCAAGAAACCUGUCAAUAACUCCUGCUGUUCUGCUUUGUGACAUUUCACCAGUAAUAUGAAGAGCCUAUCAACAUCCCCAUGAUGAUCUUAAGUCGCGGACAAAUUGUUUCCCACAUUUGUUAUGGGACAGCCUUCUUUGUUUUUUCUUUCUGCAGGUUUUUAUGCGACAAAUAGGUUCCAUAGCUGCAACAAGUAUACUCAACAAGGCAGUAAGUGGUUAUUUUUCGUUCAAAACUCCUUAAAAGGAUGGUGUUUAUUACCCUUCCUCUUAAUAACAAAGCUCUUUAUUUCACCUUUCAAAAUGUUAAUGGCUUUCUAUAUAUGCAGGGCCCAAUUUCUUGGCUCUGCUUACCGUUUGCGAAAAAUCCCUGCUUACUGUAGCAGAAAAUCCUGUGCUCACGGUAAGCGUUUUUCACGGGUUAGCAAGGAAUUUUGGCGUCCGUGCAUGCGUACAUGUCGUAACUAAGGAUUCUGUGCUUGAAUUUUUCUGCUAUUGCGUUUAGCACAAAAUGGUGAUUGUAAGCAUGCAUUUCUGUGGUUAGCAGAGCCAUAAAAUUGGGCCAUGUGCUGUAGAACGUUGUGUUGUGCAAUUUAGGCAAAUAAGAUAUGGAAGGGACCAAUUGGAGUUCACUAUUCAAAAUGUUUUACGCAGCAGAACCAACACAGUUAUGAGGAAUUGAACCUGUUGUAUUUAAUGAGAGCCCCUUUUGAUUGUUUGUGGAUUUGUACUUGAUGUACGGUAGUAACUAAUAAAUUGAAUCGCCAUCUGGCAUAUCAAAUUAAACAAAUUGGAAUGGCUCUAAAAUACUAAUAGGCCGGAAAUAAAAAUUUGCAGAAGGUCUGGCACACAAUAACAUAGUGGUUUGAAGUUAACAAAAUGUUAAACCCAUUUUCAUCGAUUGUUGGGCCAAAAAUUUGCAUUGCCCAGAUUUAGGUCAAGAAGCCAACCCAAACGGGAUAUUGUGUUUCAGAAAACUAUAAAUGCAGAAUGUGUACUCCUCUUUUUAGGCUGUAGAAGUUAGAACAGGUUUUACUUAGUCCACCUGUUGAUAUCUUUGUCUUUUUUUGGGUCAUUCAAACAGAUAAUAAGAGAGCGCCUGUUGCAACAGUGAAAGUGAAAUCCUGAGUGUGCAAAAAAGGUCAAGAACUGAAUUCGUCCGUAAACCUUGAACAGUAUUUUGGAGCAACCAAAGUGUAUGGUCUGCAUAUGUCUACAGCAUGCAAAUGUCUGUAGUAUGCAAAUGUCCAUAGCAAAUACUAAACAUGCACACUGUACGUUAAAGACAAGGAUGGUUAAUGCCUUGGCAGUUGGCAUUGGCAUCUUUGUAGGUACAUUUUGCUAGACUUUGUAUCGAUGACAAAUAAAUUUGAAAUGAUAUUUAUCUAUAAAACCAGUAAUUGAGAGAUGUACAAUGAAUGUAUGUAGACCAACUUUAACCCUAACUCCCUGAUUUACUCGGAACCAUACCCAUCCUGGAAAAUUCCUGCACCAUGUGGGAAACUGCACACACAUAUUUCUGACUUUGAUACUGGAGGUGUGCCAACCCAGUGUAAAAGACUGUCAGUUUUAGGGGUAACUGUAUCCAUCCUGACAGAUUCUAACAAAACAUGCCGUUGGGGUUUGAUGGAUUGAGUUCUGUUAGGGUUAAUAAUGGUUGUUACCCGAAUCAAAUUUGGAUCAGAUUCAAUUUGUAAUUAUUUUGUGUCUUUGGAUACUCUGUCAGUAAGAACAUGCUAAUGCACUUGCUACAUUUCUUUUGUUGUUUGGGUCUAGUUCCAGCAGUAUUUGCAGAAUAAUAUUGCCUAAGGUUUAGCAACAGUCAGGAAUUUAACUUUUGUGAAUAUUGUUUGAUACCAUGGCUAUGUGUAAUCUUUUAGAUGAUACUUAUAGUUUUUUUUUCUUGGUUGAACAACAUAAAAGUGACUAAAGCCAGUUUGUGUUCUGAAUUCGACUUGCGACAGUCUUUUUGGUUUGGACUAAAACUCGAUUUUAUGCAUGUAAUCAUAUAUAUAUUAGCUAUUUUUAGAUAAUUAUUUAGAUGUUUUUUUUGUAGUAAGGAUUCUUUUUUUUGCAAAAGUGUAUAAUAGUCGUAAAAACUUCAUUUCUGCAAAUUUAUAGGGUAUGCACAAUCAUUUUUAAAAGAGAUAUUUUAAGCACAACACAGUUGCAUGUUGUUAAGCUUCCACAACUGACAUGCUGAGUGAAUCAUGAGUAGUUGAAAUUAUUUUUUUUGGGGGGGGGGAUGCUAAAAAGUUAAAAUGUAUCUGUGAAACUAAUCUUUUGUUUUUGCUUUGCUGUGACUGUAAAUUUAAAAUCAUUAGAGUGAGCACCCAAGUGGAGAAAUAUUAGCAAUUGAGGUUAGUGUGAGUGAGCAUACCAGAAAUAUUCAUGACUAGAAUUUACCGAUUGUAUGGUUUGAAAAUUGAAAUGAAAAUGGAUAAAUUAUUAGUUUUAAUCAAAUAAUCUCCUUUCAGUUGUAGUGGGCUUUAAUGGGAUUAGGCAUUUUUGAGGAAUAUUGAUAAAAUUCAUUUAACUUAUUGAAGAAACAAAACAAAAUUUUUUUUACCCCGAUUGUCAUACAAAUGUUAAAGCACUGGGCGUUUUUAUUUGAAAAGGUAAUGCAUAUACUUGGUUAUAUUUAACAAUUAUUGUAAAUAAUGCUGUUUGAAACAAAUUGAGCCUUGCUCAUGUUUCUGGAAGUUUGUUUUAAAGAGAGGAGAUCAUGUUCAUCAAUUUUUUUGGAAAUAUUUUUUUCAAUUUGCAAUUGUUUCCAUUUAGUUCCGGAGGCGAGAACUUGUUCUAUAAAUGAUCGUGUGUGGGUCCGGAUGAUUCAAGUCCCUCUUUGUAAUCGAAGGAUUUAAAUGCAGUUGCUUAUACACCCUGGCAUCUACUCCAUUCAGAUGCAACUGGAAAUCAAUCUUUUUGCUGCAAAAAUAGAACGAACAAGAUUUCCUCAAAAAUGAAAUAUCGGUCAGGUGCCAGGAUUUCAGUGUGUACUCAAUUGAUGCACCGACUAUCCCAAAUCCAAACGUUCUUUUUACAUGUAUAACUAAAAAAAGGUGUUUCUUACCAAUUUUGGUUUUUAUAUGGCAAAGAAAUCGUAAUUUGUAGAAUGAACCUUUCAGUAGUUUAUAAUUCUAUUGUUUUUUUUCCAGCUUUGCAUCGUAAUGUCGCAAAAACACCAUUUGGACUGCAGAACGUUUUCAGUGUCAAUCAUGAAAAUGAUUUGUUAUACUUGUAAUUGUAAUAUACAUUUAACAAUUGCUUACUCUAUCAAAACAGUGUAUAAUAUGUAUCUAAAAAAAUAACCUGGACGGAAUCGAGUUGAUAAAUUUCUCUUGUAGAUUGUAGGAUUAAAUUUUUAAAAAUGAGGAGAAAAA